AUGGCUGUCGAAGGCGCCUCCACAUCGCCCAUUCCUAUUGAGGAACUCACCAAGAUCACCACCGAGGCUUGCAACGAUGCCUUGAAGGACACAAAAGGCUACGAUCAUGAGAACGUCGGCACCUGGAACUCCCAGAUCAUCAACACCGUCCUCAAGGCCUUGAUCACUGCCACUACUCCCACCGAAGCCUCCAAGCCCCCUCCCUACCGUUUCACCGUGAACAGCACAAUUGUGCAGCAGGGCGUGAUUGACGAGUCUGUUGCCGCAGACGGUGCCCUCAGCAAUGCCGGCAAGCGCGGUAUGCACUCUGCCUCCGGUGCAUUCUGGGAUGUGAACCGUGACGGCAUGUGGACUUACAAGUAUACUGGUGCUGAGGAACGGGGAUUGGACAUUGUUGUGUGUGUGACAUGGUUUGCCGUCGUAUAA